AUGGCGUCACAUGGAAAUAACGAUGUGAACAACGGAAGCAACAUUGUUGGUACUGGUGUACCAAAUCCUGAAAUGACCAUUGUUAACCUUAUGGAGACCACGACUGACAUUUCUCCCAUUGACGGGAUAAUUGGAGAUGAGAUUCCUCAUGUUGGAGUGAACCCAACUUUGCCUUCGGCUGCGGCCUCGGCAAUCCAGUUUGGCACAAUACCUUUGCCAGUGCCUAGGGCUGGGACUUCGAAUAAGAUGGUUUUCUAUCUCACUACGUUGGGCCUUGCACGUUUCCUCACUGAGGAUGCCCCUAUCAUGGCUGAAAACGAAACUGAUGUGCAUAGGCGUGCAGCUUGGGACGCUUGGAAAAGUGCUGAUUUUUUUUGUCGCAACUAUGUCUUGGAUGGCCUACAAAAUUCUCUUUGGCUACUGCUACCUUCCCAGUGGAAGGCUUUCAAAAGCUAUUUGCAGCAUAAGAGGAAAGAGAUGUCUUUCGAGGAUUUAAUUAUCAAGCUGCGCAUUGAGGAGGAUAACAAACGGGCUGAACGUAAGUCAGAGAAUUCUUACUCUGAGAAGGCUAAUGUAUUGGAGUACGACCAAAGUGGGGUAGGAAAGAAACCUAAGUUCCAGUUCAAUGGAAAGUGCUUCAAUUGUGACAAAGUUGGGCAUCGAUCAGCAGAUUGCCAUCAACCUCGGAGGGAUAAUAAGCAGCGUCCUCAGGCUAAUAUGGUUGGAAAUGAGAGAGAUCAUCUCUCAGAUGAAAUGAGCAUGUUCACUACUUUUAUACCAGUUACAAAUUGUGAAAAGUUGUUCAUGGGAAACUCUGCAACUUCUGAAGUGCUUGGUAAAGGCAAGGUGAUCCUGAAGAUGACAUCUGGCAAAGAGCUUACUCUGACUAAUGUGUUGUACGUGCCAGAGAUUCGCAAGAAUCUUGUCUCUGGGUCUCUUCUGAGCAAGAAUGGGUUCCGCAUGGUCUUUGAGGUGGAUAAGCUGGUGAUUACCAAAAUAGGAGUUUAUGUUGGGAAAUGCUAUAUGACUGAUAGCCUGUUUAAAUUGAAUGUAAUUGUUGUAACCCCAACUAUUAUGAGUAAUGAGAAAACUCCUUCUGUUUACUUGCUUGAGUCUCCUAAUCUGUUUCAGAUUGAUUCAAAUCAUAAAUGUGAAACAUGCGUUGAAUCUAAGCUUACUGGGUCUUUGUUUCAUAGUAUUGAAAGAAGUAUCGAGCCAUUGGGACUAGUCCACAGUGAUGUGCUACGGAGUGAUCAUGGUAGUGAAUAUGAAUCACCGUUUGGUGAAUUUUGUGCUAAACAUGGAAUAAUUCACAAAACUACUGAACCUUAUUCACCUCAGCAGAAUGAAAUUGCUGAGCGUAAGAAUAGAACUUUAAAGAAAAUGAUGAAUGCUAUGUUGAUUAGUUCUGGAUUACCACAGAAAAUGUGGGGAGAAGCUAUUCUUUUCGCAAAUUACAUCUUGAAUAAAGUGUUAAGAAAGAAUAUGGAUAAGACUCCGUAUGAACUUUGGACAAAUCGGACACCUUCAUAUAAAUACUUACGAAUGUGGGGUGGUCUUGCUAAAGUUGUGGUGCCUCUUCCUAAGAAGAUCAAGAUUGGACAUAAGACAGUUGAUUGUGUGUUAAUUGGUUAUGCACAAAAUAGUAGUGCAUAUAGGUUCCUUGUGCAUUAUUCGAAUGUACCUGAUAUUCAUCCGAACACGAUUAUGGAGUAUGGGAAUGCACAAUUUUUUGAGAAUAUAUUUCCAUGUAAGUCUCCUAAACAGUUAACUCCUAUUAAACGGACAAUGGAAUCUUCUGCUUCUAGCAGCAGUAAAGAUCCAAUUGAAGAAGGUGAGGAUGAGCCUAGACGGAGCAAGAGGACCAAAACUUCUAAGACGUUUUGGCCCUGA